UGUUGCUUCAGUUGAGUUCGGUCUUUUCGUUGCGCCACAAGGUCCCGACAGUUCGGUCCAGAAUAUUUUAAACAAAGUGUAUUGGUGGGUGCGAUAACCACCCACCGCUGAAAAAACAUCUGUAAAAUUCAAUACCACCACAAAAACGUGCUAUUCAGUUUACAUUCGAACAAUGAUAAAGUGAAUCAAUCUGUGAAUUAUGUCUCAAUUGGUGUUUAUCAUUGCAAAGUUUGUUUUUGGCAUAUUGGAAUAACAGAUAUGUUCAAACAAGUAACAGAAAAGUGAAAUAUCCGAAGAAAAAAAAUCAGUGGUGGUGUGGUAACGAAUUCAUGACAAUAAUAACGUCGAGAAUUUAUAAGCAUAUCAAAAGAGAAAUUUAUGAUAAAUGCUUGCCAGUUGUGCAUGCCGCAGCUAUUUUUGGCGCUAAAGCUUGAUAGUAUGUUAACGCUGGACGAGUGACGAAAACAGAAGUUUGAAUAAAAUAUUUGCAGUGCCAGUGAAAUAAGUGGGUCACAACUUUAUCUCAAUAGGAUUUUUUUUUCAUACCGUAUCCGACAUCAAACUAUCACAAUAAAAUAAACAACAGUGAGCCACACAAUUCAAUAUAUUGAAAAUGCCUUCUGAACACCAAUCCACCGAAAAUUCCCCAGUUUCGUUAUCGAACAAAAAAAAGAAGAACAUUAAAAUGUGUGAUGAAUUGCCACAAAACGAUGAUUUGACAAAUGGUGCCAAACCGAAACGAUCGACAAAGCGGUCUUCAAUCAGUGAUUUAAACAGUGAUCCUAGAACAGAAAGUGCAAAACCAAGUCGUAACGAAAUAUGUGAACUACGAAAUGCGCUUCGGAAUCUCUACUUUAUAUUGACUGCAGUGGUGUGUUGCAUUUUUGGCCUUGCCUAUCUGGGAUUUAACUAUGUCAGUGCACAGUUGCAUGCAAAAGAGGUGUUAAAAACAGACGUUAAUCCACCGUGCGAAGUUUUAAGUGCCAACGUAGAGGAAAUUGUACGCAACUAUCUGCUGAAUAAUAAUGUGAAGUUUAACGACAAACUUUUCCUAAAAGAACUGACUAAGCAUGAAUACAGCACAAAUUCAAAAUAUCAAACAACAAAUCAGCAAGUACAAAACGAACGAAAAUCAAGUAAAAUUAUAGAGAGUAGACGAAGACGAGAUCUAAACCCUUUUGAUGACAAUCUGGUUCCCGACCAGGAAGGACCUAAUGUCGAGUUUUUCAACCCAAAGCUGCGUAGUGAACUGGAAAAGAAGGAUGCUGAGAUUAUCAAGAAAACUGGCAUGAAAGGUGCUGCCCCAGGCGGUGAUACAUGGGUAUGGCUAACGAGCUACUCCCGAAUUCCGUUCGAUGCUAUAACAGGAUUCUGCAGAGCUACCAAAGAGUAUUGUCCACCGGGGAGUACUGGACUACCGGGCAUCCCGGGGCCAAAAGGAAAUCGAGGCGACGUUGGCCUUCCAGGGCCUGCAGGAGUGGAUGGCCGUGAAGGAAAACCUGGCCCCCGAGGUCCCAAGGGCGAGAUUGGCUAUCCAGGUAAUCCCGGUCUCGAUGGAAGAGACGGUGUCCCUGGGGAACCUGGAUUAGAUGGAAUACCCGGAAGAGCGGGCGCUGAUGGUAUUCCGGGCAGAGACGGUAAAGACGGCACACCGGGGAUCAACGGUCAAAAUGGAGUGGAUGGAAAGCAUGGAACCCCAGGCCCCGUUGGACCAUCAGGACCUACUGGCGAGCCGGGACCAAGAGGACUCCAUGGGCCACGAGGAAAACCUGGUCGAUCAGGCAUCAAUGGCACCCCCGGAACGCCAGGAAUCAACGCAUGGAAAAUUAAAGUCAACGAUACUUUCUCCAACGAGCUCCUCGUUCCACCCACAAUCGCGGGGGCUGGUACACCGGAAGCGCUUCGUCCAAUCGUGGUACACGAGGGCACUCACCUAAGGCUACGCUGUGCUGCAACCGGAACGCCAAGACCGCACGUCGAGUGGCGUCGUGAGGAUGGAAAAACAAUUUCCAAUGGUGCAUGGCAAGCAUCGUCAAUGACUGGCCACACACUCAACAUCACCAAAAUCAAUCGGGUGCACAUGGGAGCUUAUCAGUGUCUAGCAGACAACGGCAUUCCACCGCCGGCAAACCAAACGUUCAACCUAGAAGUACAUUUUCCUCCUCUCAUACGAGUACGAAAUCAGAUGGUGUACGCCACAAAUGGAUCAAGUGCAACUUUUGAGUGUGAGGUGGAAGCCUUUCCCGAAGCCCUUAAAUAUUGGGAACGUGUACCAGGUGGUCGUUUGCUUGAACCAGGAGACAAAUAUCAAAUGGAGACGCACAAUGAAGGCUACAAAUCGGUUAUGAGAAUCAAUAUCACCAACAUAAGAUAUGCGGAUUUUGGAGAAUAUCAUUGCAUCGCUAAGAAUGAACUUGGCAUAACGCAAGCGGAGUUUCAUCUAAUGGAACAUUCACCGUACAUUAUCCACCGGCCAGGAAGUUUGGGCGAAGCUCAAGAAUAUGGUAAACAACCGCCAAAAGUUGAAUCAUAUGAAGAAAUCUGUGGCCCUCCAACUUCCUGCCCCGAGUGUCCUGAUCCCAGGGACUUUAAGUGCAAGGACAAUAUCGUAUCUCUCUAUGAUUUAGUGGGCAACCUAGAAAUUAAACAAACAGGAAAUGUUAGUUACCCAGGAUUGCCAAACCGAACUACUGAUUGCGUUUUGUAUGCUGUUGGGAAACCAGUCUAUCACAAAUAUACCGAUCAAAACUACGGUGCCUGGUUAAAGGAUAGCGCUCCAAGAAACGACGCGAUUGAAAAGAAAAUUUGGGCAACGCGGGAAAACGACACUUCACGAUUGUUUGAGUUUGCUAACAAAACUACAUAUCGAAACAAUGUAGCCACAAAGACAUAUCGGUUGGAUAAACCUUUUAGAGGAAAUGCACACGUCGUCUUCAACGGGUCAUUCUACUACAAUGAACGGAACUCACCACGGAUCAUCAAGUAUGACCUAACAACGGAACGUCAGACAGCAAUAAAAGAAAUUGAAGGAGUCACCACCAACGGAUCCAAUUAUCUUUACACAACGGAGUUCAAUUAUAUGGACUUUAAUGUGGACGAUAAUGGCUUGUGGGUCAUCUAUGGAACUCCAGAGUCAAAUAAUACCAUCAUUGCAAAGCUCAAUGAGUACAAUCUGGAUGUGCAAUACAGCUGGAAUAUAAGUGUGAAUCAUCACAAGGUCGGAGAGAUGUUCAUAGUUUGUGGUGUCCUGUAUGCAAUCGAUUCCGUAACUGAGCGUAAUACUAAGAUAAGACUUGCAUUGGACUUGUACCAUGGAAAACUUCUCGAUGUCAGCCUCACCUUUACUAACCCAUUCCGAAAAACUACAACGGUGGGAUACAAUCCAAAAACAAGGAACUGUACACGUGGGACCGCGGCAAUCAGCUGACAUAUCCGAUACGCUACCACGUGAGUGAUUUUAAUGUAACAGUCACAGACAAAACGGAAGAUUCUUUGAAUCCACAAAUGCAAACCGGAUACGAUAUCUUUCAUGAUCAUGACAACAGCAAUGACGGUGGUAAUUAGAAAUUGGUAAAGGUACUUUGAAUAACAGACAUGACAGGAGGAACAAGUAGUAAUAAAAAUCAAUGCUUAAUGCAAUACUUAUAUUUUAA